AUGGCUUUGGGUACUGCGUUGUCCACAGCUGUGAAGUCCAUCUAUUCAGUCACCCAUGCCAAUGUCCACUUUUAUGCCCCUGGGUUGAAUGCCCACAGGUCCCCAUGUCUGCCCACUAGCCACCACCCCUGUGGAAUCCUUGUCUACCUGCUGGCCUCCCGCACUUGUAGCCUGUCAGGCUGCUUCUCUGCCAGGUUGACAGCUCAAGUACUCUUGAGACUCAUGGGGGAGAUUCAUCUUCCUCCACCCCCUUGCUAUUUUGACCUGCUCAGUCUCCGCAACACCCCCAAUAUGGGGUUCAUCUACACUAUGCCCAGUACAGGAUGCCUCGCUUUUUUGAAUUUAACUGUAGAAAGGGCCAGGUCUCUUCUGGAAAAUGCAUCAGAGAGCACACUGGUUGCCACAAUCACUGCAGCUGUUUCCCGUCAUGAUUCUCUUGUUGGAGAUCCUGUUAUUAUUAAUUCGAACCCUGUCGUCCAUCCGUUUGUGGUAUCUCAUAAAGCUGCAGAUCAGUGGGAACUGAUAAUGGCCAAGGAACCUAAGCUGGACUUUGAAAUGGUGGCUUUCUACACUUUGGUAAUCUUUGCCAAAGACAGUGGAGACAAUUCAGCAUCUCAGACCAUUUUGAUCCAGAUUGUAGAUGUCAACGAACCACCAACUUUCAUCGGAUCGCUUGCUCAAGUUGACCAAGUUACAGAGAUUUAUAUUCCAGAGGACACUGCUGUGGGCACAGUCCUUUACAAAGUGAGAGCCAAGGACCCAGAGAAUGCUGCCUUAAAGUACAUCAUUUUCCCAGAGGAUUCAGGAUUCACCAUUGACAGUAUUGGAACCAUAUCUACAACAAUGACUUUUGAUUUCGAUAGAGGAACCAAAAGCUAUUCUCUGGUUAUUAAAGUGGCUGACCCCGGAGAACUUUUUAUCAUGGGAAACUUAAAGAUCUUCCUCAUCAACGUAAAUAAUAAGGUCCCUAUUCUCACCUGCAGUUUAUUUAAUAUCAGAGAAGCAGUCCUAACUCCUAGCUUGGUGAAUUCAACCACCUCUAAAGAAGGCAAUAUCUCACUUGAUGAAGAAACUCCACUGGGCAAAACUGUGGGUGUCUGCCAAGCUACUGAUGAAGACCAGAUGGGACGUCUCACCUUCAAAUUGGAUCCAGGGAAUAGAUACUUUGCUAUCGACAAAGAGCGUGGAACUGUGAUGAUUGCUAAUCGUCUGGAUCUGGAGGAAGCUGACUUUGUGAGUGUUCAGUCCUUUACCAUUAAGGCAUGUGAUGAAGACCAGCAGUGUGCAGCAAUUCCUGUGACAGUGUACAUUCAUGGGAUCAAUGAUAAUCCACCAUUCUGUGAUAAAUAUUUGUACAGGUAUCGAGGCAUGGAGGUGAUUGCAAAUAAAACAGUUGUAGCUAAACUGGUGUGUCAUGACCUGGACAAAUCCCCUGAUAUACUUCAGUUUGCUCCUCAUAGUGGGCCGCUUGGUGAUGGAGAGUUAUUUGAACAAGUACCAGAAUUGGACAACAUCAUAUGGGUUACCAAAGACUUAGAUUAUGAAAAGCCAGAGACUUCUGCAGUGGGCCAUGCCUAUGAGAUGAUGCUAUCUGUCUUUGAUGACACCAAGCCCUCCCAUACAGUUACUGUUACAAUAAUUGUGGAGAUUAUUCCUACCAAUGAAUUUAGUCCAGUUUUUAGGCCUGGAAGUUAUUCCUUCUCUGUUCCAGAAACAUCAGGAGCCUUUUAUGAAGUUGGAAGAGUGACUGCUUUUGAUGAAGACAAUCCACCAAACUGUGUGAGGUACAAAAUAAUCAGAGGAGACACCCAGAUUAUUAGAAAAUUCUGGAUUCAUCCGCUAACUGGAAUGAUAGAACUGACCACCCAGCCAGACUAUGAAUCUGUGAAGCAGUAUAACCUCACCAUAGAAGCUGUGGAUUGUGACCAAGCUCAUCCACGGACAGCUGUUACCACAGUUACAAUUGACAUCAAGGAUGAGAAUGAUGAAGCACCUGUCUGCAAACCAUCUAAAUAUAAGGCAGUCAUUUUUGACAGUGUUGCUGCUGGAACAAACGUCAACAGCUUCAAGUUAAACUGCCAUGACAGAGACUCACGCGAUACUGAAAUGCGCUUUGAGAUAGUUUCUGGAAAUGAGAAUCAAUAUUUUGGAUUUGAUCCUACCCGGGGCUCAAAUACUCCAAAGCUAAUUGUGAAAAAUCCUUUUAACAAGUCUAGAAUUGGAGCAGAAUUUUACCAGUAUUAUCGCCUUGUGGUCCACAUUAUUGAUGACAACUUGCAACAUAGUCAAGCUGUGUAUCCCAGAACAGGGACUGUGAUUAUAGAUAUUUAUGUGAUACAGCAAAAUACACCAGCUCCUCCAGUCACCAGUUUUGAACAAAAGAAAGGUGUGACUGUUGUGUACACAUCUAUAAACUCGUACAGUCCCAAUGACUGGUACAUCCCUUUCAUCUUCACAUUGAUGGUGGUUUUCUUGACUGGGUUGCUUUCCUGGACAUGCUACCUGCUUUUGAAAUACACCAGAAUUACAGCCUGGUGUCAAAAACUGACCAAUAACCUUUCAAAGCCAAAAAGAAAAGGAAAGAAGUACAUAGCUGGAAACAAAAAUAUCAAUGAUGACAUGGUAACAGGAAAUAGACAUAAAAAAGUUGAAGUGCUAACUGAAACAACUGUGUAUGAGACAGUGUUUGAUGGAGAAGCAAUCGAUCCAGGUACAGUGCAUGCUUAUGGCUUUUGGGAGUGGCAGAUCCUCUUUCCUUAA